AUGGAAGUAUUCCAGGAACUCCGUAAGCCCUCAGCACGUUUGGAGUGUGACCACUGCAGUUUCCGAGGCACAGAUUAUGAAAAUGUGCAAAUCCACAUGGGCACCAUCCAUCCAGAAUUUUGUGAUGAAAUGGAUGCUGGUGGGUUAGGUAAAAUGAUAUUUUACCAGAAAAGUGCAAAGCUAUUCCACUGCCAUAAAUGCUUCUUCACCAGCAAGAUGUACUCUAAUGUGUACUAUCACAUCACAUCCAAACACGCAGGCCCAGAGAAGUGGAAUGAGAAACCAAAAACUCAGCUAAGCAAAGAAGCAGAUCCUGGGAAGAGCCCUCCUCUUCCUGAACACCAGAAAAUACCCUCUAAUUCAGCAGAACUCCCAAAACCCAUACCUGCCCUUUCCAUAGAAACACAGAAACUUGGCCCAGUUUUGUCUCCAGAAUCCCCAAAACCUGCUCCUCUCACUUCCCUGGAGCCUCAGAAGCCUGGCCCUGUUGUUUCUCCUGAGCCACAGAUACCUUCUCUUCCUUCUCCUGAGCCUGCAAAAUCUGCCUCUCUUUCUUCUCCUGAACUUCCGAAGUCAGUCCCUGUUAUUUCUGAAUCUCAGAAACCAAUCCCUAUUCCUUCUCCAGAACCACAGAAACUUACUCCUUUAUCUCCUGAGCCAGUAAAGGCCACUCUUCCUAAUCCCAAACCCCAGAAACACUCCCAUUUCCCAGAAACAUUGGGGCCACCUUCAGCCUCUUCUCCAGAGUCACCAGUUUUAGCUGCUUCCCCUGAACCUUGGGGUCCUUCCCCAACUGCAUCUCCAGAGUCUCGGAAGCCAGCCCGGACUGUCUCCCCUGAGCCAAGGAAGCCAUCCCCAUCGGAAUCUCCUGAGCCUUGGAAGCCAUUCCCUGCUGCCUCCCCAGAGCCCAGGAGACCAGCCCCAGCUGUGUCACCAGGUUCUUGGAAGCCAGGGCCACCUGGGUCCCCAAGGUCUUGGAAAUCCAGUCCUUCAGCAUCAUCAGGACCUUGGAAGCCAGCUAAACCUGCUCCAGCUGUGUCUCCUGGUCCUUGGAAGCCAAUUCCUUCUGUUUCACCUGGACCAUGGAAACCAGCUCCCUCUGUGUCCCCCGCAUCUUGGAAGUCUUCAUCAGUCUCACCUGGUUCCUGGAAGUCUCCCCCUGCAUCUCCUGAGUCGUGGAAGUCUGGCCCACCAGAACUCCGAAAGACAACUCCCACCUUGUCACCUGAACAUUGGAAGACCAUUCCCUCAGUGUCCCCUGAGCUUCGUAAAGCAGGACCUCCCUUAUCUCCUGAGCUUCGUAAACCAGGCCCACCAUUGUCCCCAGAGAUCCGCAGUCCAGCGGGAUCUCCAGAGCUCAGAAAACCUUCAGGGUCUCCAGAGCUUUGGAAGCUAUCUCCGGAUCAGCGGAAAACUUCUCCUGCUUCACUUGAUUUUCCUGAGUCCCAGAAAAGUUCCCGUGGUGGUUCCCCUGAUCUCUGGAAGUCUUCCUUUUUUAUUGAGCCUCAGAAACCUAUCUUCUCUGAGACCCGGAAACCUGGACCAUCUGAGUCCCCCAAAGCCACCUCUGAUGUCUGGAAGCCUGUUCUCUCUCUUGAUGCUGAACCUAGAAAACCUGCCCUGUUUUCUGAGCCCACCAAAACAGCCCCUCCUGCUUCUCCUGAACCAAGAAAACGUGCUCUUUUUCCAGAGCCCCGGAAACAUGCCCUUUUCUCGGAACUUCCCAAGUCUGCUAUCUUCUCAGAAUCCCAGAAGGCAGUUGAGCUUGGUGAUGACCUACAGACGGAUGCCAUAGAUGAUCAAAAGUGUGAUAUUUUGGUUCAGGAAGACCUACUAGCUACACCUAAGAAACUCUUAGAAGACACUUUAUUUCCUUCCUCAAAGAAGCUCAAGAAAGACAACCAAGAGAACUCAGAUGCUGAGCUUAGUAGCAGUGAGUAUAUAAAAGCAGAUUUAGAUGUGAUAGACAGCAAGGGCCAAGAAUCAAGCAGCGAUCAAGAGCAGGUUGAUGUGGAAUCUAUUGAUUUUAGUAAAGAGAACAAAAUGGACAUGACCAGUCCAGAGCAGUCCAAAAACGUAUUACAAUUUACUGAAGAAAAAGAGGCUUUUAUCUCUGAAGAAGAGAUUGCAAAAUAUAUGAAGCGUGGAAAAGGAAAGUAUUAUUGCAAAAUUUGUUGCUGUCGAGCUAUGAAAAAAGGUGCUGUUUUGCAUCAUUUGGUUAAUAAGCAUAAUGUUCACAGCCCUUACAAAUGUACAAUCUGUGGAAAGGCUUUCCUUUUGGAAUCUCUCCUUAAAAAUCAUGUAGCAGCCCAUGGGCAAAGUUUACUUAAAUGUCCACGUUGUAAUUUUGAAUCAAAUUUCCCAAGAGGCUUUAAGAAACAUUUAACUCAUUGUCAAAGCCGGCAUAAUGAAGAGGCAAAUAAAAAGCUAAUGGAAGCUCUUGAACAGCCACUGGAGGAGCAGCAAAUCUGA